UCAUUAAUCCCCUUUCAGCGAACCACGCAGCUAUGGACGAACGCGACCGAAAGCAUCGAUCGGCCGCAAACGCCGUAGGCGGAAGCACCGCGCGCGCCUGCGACGGUUGCCUCCGCCGAAGAGCGCGUUGGUACUGCGGCGCCGACGACGCUUUCCUCUGCCAAGCUUGUGACUCCUCCGUCCACUCCGCCAAUUCCCUCGCCCGCCGCCAUCAGCGCCUUCGCCUCCACACCGCUUCCUUCUCCUCUUCCCCUUCCCCUUCUCCCUCACCUACGCCUCCCCCAAUCUCAUGGCGAAAACGCAAGGCCCGUACUCCGCGGGGGCACCACCAGCCCAAGUCCGUCAAGCCGGAGCCCCUCGUACCUGACCUCGAGAAAGAAGAUGAAGAGCUCGAGAUGCAGCUUAUGUGCUGCGUCCCGGUGCUCGACCCUCUCUUCAACGAUUUCUCUUCAGCCAGUUUAGAAGCCAAGCCGAUUUCGGGCUACGGACUGGAUGCGGGGCCCGGCGGCCCGUCUAUUGAGAUCGAUAUGGAGAAUCUGGAUGUAGAGUGUCUUCUUGGCGUUGGGCUUGAUGAUGUCCACGAAAGUUCUCUCUAUAUAGACGGAUUUACUGCUGUGGAUGAAGAGGAUUUGAGUCGGAUCAAGAUGGAGUUUGAGUAUGACGCCAUGGGAGAUGAGAUGGAGCUGUGUCACGAAGCGCAGGGAGUCGUCGUUGCUGUGGAGGAGCGGAAGGAGAGAGAACUAUGUGAAGGGGUUGUGAAGAAGAUGGGUUUGAGGUUGGACUAUGAUGCGGUCAUCGACGCUUGGUCGCGAAGUGGAUGCAGCUCGCCGUGGUCCGGUGGUGACCGGCCGCAGCUCGAUUCGGAUGGUUACUUGCCUUCUCUAACGGGUUUGUCACAAGCUGGUGGAGCUAGUUGGAGCAGAGGGAGGUGGGCAGCUAGCGGGGGAGAGGAAAGAGAAGCGAGAGUGACGAGAUACAGAGAGAAGAGAAGGACGAGGCUGUUCUCCAAGAAGAUACGCUACGAGGUGAGGAAGCUGAACGCCGAGAAGCGGCCGAGGAUGAAGGGCCGCUUCGUCAAGCGCACCACCUUGUCGGCCGGCGGUCCAGGCCAAGCCCCCUACGGCCAGUAUUAGUUGACGACGACGAUGACGCGUACUGGAAAUGGCAGGGAAGCUCAUAAAUUAGAUAGUUUUAGUAUAUAUUCAGAAAUAAAGAAAGGCGCGCAGCGAUCGAUCAACCGCUGCUUUUCUGUGUUAAUUAAUUAACUUGGUACGUAGUUCUUUCUUCUUCUUUUUUCUUGAUUUUUGAAUAUGAAGAGAGAGAGACGCUGCUACUGGUUCUCUUGUGUACAUUAAUCUCUUGCUUCUGAUCAGUCUUCCGCUGAUAGAAGGCGCUAGCUAGCUCUACUGAUCACUGUAUUUAAGCUUUAUAUAAUUAUAUCAGAUUUCAAAUGCUCAAUCUUUGUUCUUUUUUAUGCGGGGACUCAACUCUAUUGCAUUAAUAUUGGUGCUUCUUUGAUAUAUUUUGAAAGAAAAUUAUUGUAAGAAUUUUAACGAAUUUUGUAUCAGAGUGAACUUCAAAAA